AUGGUCAGACUGCGUGCUUUCCCAACCAUCUCCGUCUUCAUCAAAAACGCUGCUGCCCCUGCCGGCAUAGUCACUCGACCCUGCCCCCCGCCCACUGCCUCGUCGCGGCCCGCCGCUGCCGCCGCUCGCGCCGCUGGACGAGCUUGCUGCCGGGCUGCCGCUGCCGCGGCCGCCGCCGCUCCCGCCGCCGCUGGCGCUUGCGCCUGCGCUGGAGCUGCUGCGGCGCCAGAGGGUGCUGACAUCAAUGGGGCCGUCCAGGUCAGCCAUCAUCAUUUUCUGCCUCAGGCGGGCGUCGGGUUGCCACUGCUGCUGCUGCUGUGGCUGCUUCUGUGGCUGCUGCUGCUGGUGCGGCUGCUGGUGCUGCUGCUGGUGCUGCUGCUGGUGCUGCUGCUGGUGCUGCUGCUGGUGCUGCUGCUGGUGCUGCCGCUGCUGCUGCUGCAGACGGUCUGGCGGCCCCUGCUGCUGCUGUUGAUGUUCGGGCUGGUGAUGAUGGCUGCCGGGAUCGCCACCCCUCACGAGCGCCGUGCCGCGCGCGCCGCCGCCAUGCUGCGGCCGCCACUGCUCUCCGCGGGGGCCCACGGCGCCGCUGCCUGCCGUGGUGUCGACUGCAGCAGCUCGCGCCGCGCGGCGCUCGGCAAGCAGCUGCUGUAUCAAGGCGAAGUGGCGCUGAGCUCGCCCUAA